UGGUUACAGUGAAUACCAUGGCAUGGACUGUUGUCGACACGCUUGGUAUGUAUGACAUGGCCAUGUAUAUUGUGCUGCUAUGUGCUGCGGUCUGACCAGGUAAAUAGGUAGGUAGGCAGGCUUCUACGUACAUGAUGAUGUAAAAUAUUGAAGGAAGCAUGAUUGCUAUAAAUUAAUGUGCUCUCAGUUCAUGGAAUGUGCCAAGUAAAGAAAUUAAGCUUUUAGUCGCGAAAACGGUCCUAAGGUGUCCAAAGCUUUGUUUACUCACUCAGUCGUGCGGAUUCUAACUAAAUAAGUAGUUAAGAUUCUGUAAAUUUACAAAAGUUUGCAUAUUAAUAGCGUUGCAUACAUUAAAAUAUUUUAAAAAGUUGUUGACUCAGUUUAUAAAUUUUAAAACAUUUUUGGAGGAUUAAAAAAUACUGCAAGCAUAGUUGACAAAUUCAGUCCUCAGAGAAAAUUUAGAGAAUCUACUGCCCGGUUAUAAAGAACUACAGUGUUAUCAAGUGAAUACACAUCUUCACAUCAGUUCAUUAAUCAUUUAAUUACAUCUAAAAAUGAACGAUUAAAAACAUUUCUUGUAGUAUAAGUAAAGUGUCAAUAUUACUGUGCCUUAAAUAGUUGUUAAAAUAGUAGCGUGACAAUGUACAAAAUUAACUCCAUGUUUCCUCUCGUCGGGGGAAUUAUUAUUUUGACGAGUAUUUAUCUAGUUAAAUCUCAAAUUUCAGGCCAAUAUCGGCUCUGUGUUCCUGAUGUGCUAUUCACAGUGUGUCAGCAAAUGGUUGCAGAUGCAGCCUCGCAGGGAGGUCGGUUUGAAUGUACUCCUGGAAACGAUAAAAUUGACUGUCUUGCCAGGGUUAGCAAGGGAGAAGCUGACCUAUUAGUUCUCGAACCCGAGGAAGUUUACGUUGCUCACCGUUUUUUCCAUGAUGCUUUCUACGUUGCAACAGAAAUCCGUACAACUGCCCGUCAAGCAGGGUCAUUUCAAUACGAGCCGGUGGCAAUUGUUCGGAAUUCGGCGCAAAUCAGAUCAUUGAAGGAUUUACAGGGGAAGAAAUCGUGUCAUACAGCUUUCGGUAGAACAAGUGGCUGGGAGGUUCCCUUGGCCCGACUCAUGUUAAAGAAUGUAAUGGUAAAAGAUUGCUCAUUAGACUUGACGACCGUGGAAAGAGAAAUUGCCUCUGCAUCUCAUUUCUUCGGGGAAAGCUGUGUUCCAGGAAAAUGGGCUCCAGAUGAUCGAACCGACCUGGAACUGAAGCAACGAUACCCAAAGUUAUGUCAGCUUUGUUCCAACACAAGGCUCUGCAGGGAGGACGACAAGUACUCAGGAUUCCGGGGUGCCUUAAGAUGUUUAACGGAGAAUAACGGGGACAUCAGCUGGACACGUCUUGAGACGGUGUAUCAAUAUUUCGGAAACAUUCCUCCGUCCCAACAAGGACAACAGCCACAGCCUAAUCCCCAGCAGACACUGGAUGGAAAUAAUCGAGCAUCUCUGAGCGCAUCUGAAUACUCAUUUUUGUGUCCUGAUGGAAGCUCUCUUCCAAUUGGAACAACCACCCCAUGUACAUGGGCUGGAAGACCUUGGCGCAGCUUCAUUGUCACCAACAGACUUUCAUCACCAACUACGAUCGCAGACAUUCAACAGCAGAUCAGUUUGUACAGAAGCGUGGGAGCCCAACUUAUCACAGGAACGCCAACUGUAAUUAAUUGGUUGGGCGACAUCUUAGAAUUUAGGAUCCAAGAUAUAGAGUUUCAUGUGCCUGCUACUGUCGCCAACACUGUAACCCCACUAGCUUAUUUGGAUAGAGGGAACUAUACAAUGACUAUUGAAAAACCCACGUGUCCCAAUCGCAGAACACUAAGAUUCUGUGUGAGGAACGAGAUUGAAAAACUUAAAUGCAUGGCUUUCCGGAUGGCUUCAUAUGGCAGAAGAAUUUUGCCAUAUUUCGACUGCGUUGUUGGAGAGUCCAAGGAGGAUUGUAUGCGUAAAAUUGCCAUUGGCCAAGCGGAUUUCACAAGUGUAGACAGUCGAGAAGCAUACGUGGCGUCCAGGAAAAUGCGGCUGACGCCAAUUCUGUCCGAAGCCGAGCGGUUUGGUGAUGAAGACGCUGAUGCUGCUCGAUAUGCGGUCGCUGUCGUCAGAGUUGACUCUGGCAUCCAAACGAUUGUCGAUUUACGAGGAAAACGAUCAUGUCAUGGAUCUGUGAGCAGUUUGACCGGGUGGAACAUUCCUUUGAUUGUGCUUCGAGAUAGUGGACUAAUAUAUCCUCAGCAAUGCCAAUUUGGACGAGCUUUGGCCAGUUUUUUUGCAAGUAGCUGUGUUCCAGGAGCCAGAGAUCAGAAUCUUCAACUUCCUGAAAGUCUUUGCUCUCUCUGCGUUGGUGCCAGUCUAGAUGCUCCGGCCCUCAAUACGGAAGAAAAUUUUUGCGCAAAUAACGAGCUGGAAGGGUUUUAUGGUGAUCUUGGUGCAUUCCGGUGUUUACCAACUCUUGCAGCCGACGUUGCCUUCGUGGACCACCUUACGCCACUUUUAAAUACAGAUGGACUUGCGAACGCCACGUGGGCGGCUGGACUGCUCUCCGCUCAAUUCAGGCUGGUCUGUCCCAUUGGACCAAGCCGUGCAGUAACAGAAUUUCGACAAUGUCACUGGGGUAAAAUACCUGCAGAUAAGGUUAUCACAGGAGAGGAUAAAGAUUAUGUCGAGCGAGAAGAUAUUCGACUCACUCUGCUUAAAGCUUCAGAGACGUUUCAUCCAGAACAAACCGUAUUGAGACUUUUUGGGCCAUUUUAUGGAGUUCCAAAUCUACUCUUCAAGGACAUCUCUACUGGUCUGGUACCGUUAACAGAUGAAGGGUUCGGUACUCGAAGGAUUGAUUCCUAUGGACGCUACGUGUCAGCCAAUAAAGAUGUGGUUUAUGAUCAGCAGUAUGCUCAACGAAUAUUGAGAGAUGUGGAUGACUGCAAUUCUUCAAAUGUUAUCAACCAAUCCAUUCUUCUUUUGAUUACUUCUUUUAUAUUGUCUUGUCCGAUCGUCUUUGACUGAUGUCCAGAACGUGCAAAAUGCUUUAAUUUUACCCACUUGCAACUUGUUCUCAUAAUAUUUCUUUCAGCGAAUCAAUGCAAUGUUGUUACUUUUACACGAUAUAAAUAAUUUUGCCAUGUAUCAUACAAGUAUUAUGACAUAUCUUACUUGCACAAAUUGUAUGAAAUUUUAAUUAGUUACGAUUCAUAUGUAUUAUGUAUAGUAAAUACAUUCUUAUUAUAUGUACAUAAAUCUUACAAAGUAACGAUAAUAUGAACUCGAGUAGUAAAAAUUUCAUACACUUUUGAGGAAAAA